AUGCAGUUCAUCAAAGUCACCCUAUUAACAGCUCUGGUAACCUCGGCCUUUACGGUCGCCGAGCCCAAUAUCGCGGCGCUGAGGACAUUGAUGACGGAUUCGAGAUUCGUCGGAUUAGUAGCACCUUGUACAGUCGGCGGCUCCACCCGGACGACAGCUGCCGAAUGGCUGAGAACGGCUUUCCACGACGCCGGCUCGUACGACCAUGCAGCGGGGACGGGAGGAAUAGACGGGUCCAUCGCUUUCGAGACGACGCGGAGUGAGAACGCUGGACUGUUCCUCACCGCCACCAUCAAUCAGUACAGGACGUUCCAGCAAGAAGGUGUCACCCUGGCGGACAUGGUAGUAUUGGGAGCUAUCACAGCAGUCGGAGCAUGCGGAGGACCUGUCAUCCCAUUCCAUGCUGGACGAUUGGACGCUGCUAGUGCGGCUAUAGAAGGUCGUCUGCCGUUGCCCGAAGAGACGACUGAAACGCAUCUUCAAAAGUUUGCGAGGAUGGGAUUCUCUCCACAGGAGAUGGUAACGCUGGUCGCCUGCGGACAUAGCAUCGGCGGCGUGCAUGGUACGAAUACACCCCUGGUCACCUCGGCCAGGAUCGCUCCCUUCGACUCGUCUCGUACCGUUUUCGACAAUGCGGUCGCCAAGGAAUAUGCUAGCGGACAGACGAUCAAUUCUCUGGGACAACAUUUCGACCCUACCGCGCCUAACGAUCCGGGCAACUUGGCGAGGAGCUCGGACUCGAGAACUUUUUCGGUCGAUGGGAAUGCUACCAUCAAUCGAUAUGCCGCCUCGCAAGACGCCUUUUUCACCGAUUGCGUCUCUUCGUUCGGAAGAAUGUUCAACGAUGUUGUUCCAGCCGGUACAUCCCUGACCCCGGCCAUCGUCCCCUACACCGUCAACAUCGGUAUGCUCAUCACGCUCCGGAACGAAAAGCUCAACUUGCAGAGCGGUAGUGCCCGGGUAUACGACAUGGCGGGCAAGUACCGCGCGUUCGAGAUCACCUACGUCAACCGGGACGGAUCACCGGGGUCGAACGCGAACAUGCUGUUCAGAACGGCGGUCGAUCCAGUCUCCGGGAUUUCCGCUCUGAAAGCCGUGCUCACCAUGAACGACGGUAGUACCUUCUCAAGCCCAGAGGGUACGGAGACGCUCAAGAUUGACGACACCAUCCUUGUCGACCAAGGAGCGGCGUUCACUUGCAAGCAUUCGAACGGGGGGAUCAACAUCACCGUCGCCGUCCUCGGUCCGUAUGACCCGAAGGACAAGGUGGAGAUCAUCUGGGACAAGGUCUCGGAUCCGACAAGGACGAGUCGGGGGGAAUCGUUGUUGGCGGAUUAUAGGAGGGCUCGGCCGGAUACGCCGUAUAACUACUACGGCGUAUUUGUGCCCGUCGCCAUCGCCGCCGAUAUGGCCAAUUUCGGAGCCCAGAUGACGAGGGCCGACGGGACCGUGCGGAGCGACACUAAACAGGGGAUCCUCUACCGGACGAGCGCUCUUGACGAUUGUCUGCCCGGAGCAGAAAUCCCUCUCCCUGGACCACGGGCGACGGCGACAUUGACCAGGCGGUCUCGAAGUCAACUGGCCUGUCCGAUACUCGGGUAUACGAGGUGUUGGGAUACCUGUGUGAAUACCGCCAGCGACAUCUUUCAUUGUGGAGGAUGCGUGGAUCAGGAGGACGGAGGGGUGGAUUGUUCCGAAUUGGGAGAUGAUGUAGGGUGUGUGAAUGGGAGUUGUGUGGUGUACCAGUGAUUGUCUUUCUCUUGCGGUAAUGCGAAAGAUCGAUACCCCUGAAUCGCUGUAGGAACCGUUCCAUAUCCGAUAGGUAGCAUGACGGAUAGUUGCCGGCACAUUGGGGGGUGAUCGAUUGGGUCAGAUCCCAGGAGACGCCGGCCUCCAGUUUUCGAAGACUCGAUGGAGACUACAAAG